AAGGAAGCAGGAAAUCACACUUGAGCCUCUGCUGACAAGGCAUGAGUUCUCCUAAAUUACUUAACAGUAGCAAAGUUGCACAGUAGCAGAAACCACUCUGUCAUCUAGCAGGCAGGUGGAAGGCUCACCCUACUCUACACAGACGGUCGGGUUCUAAAUCAGGAUGGAGUCUCUAGUUCUUCUUCUGCUGUCAGUGUCGUCGGGUGUCAUCAGUCUGACUACAGAAGAUAACGUGUUUGCCUGGGAAGAUGGCACACUGACAAUCCCAUGUCACUAUAAUAAGAUGAAAUAUAAAUCCCAUGUAAAAUAUUUGUGUAAGGGCUAUAACUGGAAUACCUGCUCAAUUGUAGCACAGACUGAUAAUCAAAGUACUGAGUCCAAAAUAAGAAUACAUGAUGACAAAGAAAAAGGAAUUUUCACCGUCACACUGAACAGACUGAAGACUCAAGACACAGACUCGUAUUACUGUGGCAUUGAAAUUUAUGGACCAGACGAAGGAGCGUAUCUGCAUCUAAAAGUCACUCCUGCUCCUAGUCUCCUUUGGAAAAACAUUGGAAUCAUCAUUCAAGAAGGAGAAGAGGUCAGUGUCCAUUGUCCUUACUCUAGUACCUUCCAAGAGUAUGAGAAACGAUGGUGUAAAGGAGCAGAAUUGGAUUCCUGUAAGACGCUGGCACAGUCUGACAUUCCGAAUCUUGGAAAAAACGUUACUCUCAUCGAUAAUCAGAAGCAGAUGGUCUUCACCGUGAACAUCAGCCACCUGGAGACGAAUGACAGUGGCCCUUACUGGUGUGUAUUUAGCAGGAAUGGAGUUACUUUUGGAUCUCCUCUAGAGCUGAACAUUAAUGCUACACCAAGCAGAAUCUUGAAUAAAGAAAAUGUGAAUUCUGAAAGGCAACAUACUUCAGGAGCAAGUCUAUCCAAAGAAGAAAAAGCUGUAGUAUAUGUAGGAGUGUUGGGCGGUUUGCUAUUAAUAUUCCUGGUAUCAAUCAUUCUCUACGUCCGAAAGAGAAAUGAUUUAAAAAAAAUGAAGCCUCAAAUGCAAACUGGUGAUGGCCAGCAGAAUCCUGAUGACAGUGAAGAAACUGCUUAUUCCAGUUUGAGUUUUCAACACAGGACUGAGUCAAAGAAGGAUUUUAAGCAGAAUCCUGAAGAGAAUGAUGACAUUGCUUAUUCCAAUUUAUCCUUUCAACAGAGGAAAAAAUCAAAGAAGGACUUUAAGCAUCAAAGGAUCUUAAAUGAUGAUGUCGACUAUACCACUGUGGAAUUUCACAAAAAUAAGCCAAAUUAUGCAUCCACUGAAAUAACAUCUGAUCCUCACUUAUCCAUCUAUGCGGAAGUUGUGAACAAAUCAAGGAAAUAAAUCUCCAUACUGCAGACUAGAACUGAAAAGAGCAAGCAAACAUAAGAAGAAAUGUAAAAUACGCUUUCAAAUGAAGCAAAGGAGCAUUGCAGGCCCGGCAUGAAGCAGCUAAUCUCCAGCUACUGCAACGUAUUUUUUCUGCAAGCAGAGGGAUCCAUUGUCAUGAAGAUGGUGUUACAGCAUCGACCAACUUCACUGAAAGAAAUGCUGGUUGCACAUAGUCUGUGAGAUUUUCUUAUACCUGAAAGAACUUAGCAUAAUUGUAUAAUAUUUUUAUUUUAUUAAUUUUCAUUGUAAUCUUAGCAUAAUUGUAAAUACAGUAUAUAUUACUUAACUGAAUAACAUUUUUAUUUGAUUUUAUGUAACACUUUCAUAAAGAAAGCUCUCACACUAAGUUUUAUACUAGUAAAUAAUGAACUGUAUUACCAUUGAGCUGUACUUCAUACAGUAAAAUCUGAAGAACAAUAAUAUCUAGAGUACACCAGCAAAGACAAACUGAAUACUGUGUUGGUGUUUUAAUCCAAUGUCACGUUGUGUGACUUGUAGUCAGUGGGUAUAUCAGGCUUGCCGACUGCAGUUGCUUUUCUUGU